AUGCGAGAUGAGAGUGAAUACGUAAAACGAUUUGUGCAAAACCACGAUCACCAUCUCGAAGCCUGUCCAUAUUCUUCUGUUAUGACAGGAUCGGUUCCACUGAAUUGGCCGACUCAUCCAAUCAAAAGGUGGGCAGCCGAUGGAGUUAAUUUUUCAAUCUCGCGCGAUGAUCCAACGUGUUUUGACAACUCACUCUGUUCUGAGCUCGAGUUAGUCAACAGCCGGAUUGGUCUCUCUGUUCAUCAGCUUUGGCAAUGCCAACUGAAUGGAGCACGAGCCGCGUUUUGCGAUGAUGAGUUGAAGAAGAACAUUGUUGAUCAAAUCCUGAAGAGCGAGCCAUCAAAU